AGGAAGAGGAAGAGGAAGAGGAAGAAGGGGUUUGACAUGUCAGAGCGUCCGGGGUCCAAGUCUGGAUCUGGGAUGCUGAAGCCCGGAGCGGUGCGGCCCAUUGGGGCUGAGGCCCUGGUGGUUCUGCUGGAGGGGGGGCUGGACCGGGUGGUUCUGAUCGACAGCCGGCCCUUCGUGGACUACAACGCCUCGCACAUCCUGGAGGCGGUGAACGUGAACUGCUCCAAGCUGAUGAAGAGGAGGCUGCAGCAGGACAAAGUCCAGAUCGCUGAGCUGCUGCAGCACUCAGCCAAGAAGAAGUUGGAGCUGCAGGCCGAUCAGGAGGUCGUCGUGUACGAUCAGAGCUCUUCAGACCCGGCUGCUCUCAGCUCCGAGUCCUUCCUCAGCGUCCUGCUGGUUAAACUGGAGAGGAGCUUCCCCUCCGUCCACCUGCUCUCAGGUGGGUUCUCAGAGUUCUCCCACCUGUUCCCUGGUCUGUGUGAGGGGAAGUCCACCCUGGUUCCCUCCUGUAUCUCUCAGCCCUGUCUGCCUGUCACCAACAUCGGGCCGACCCGCAUCCUGCCUCACCUGUACCUGGGCUGCCAGAGAGACGUCCUCAACAAGGAUCUGAUGCAGCAGAACGAGAUCGCCUACGUCCUGAACGCCAGCAACACCUGCCCCAAACCAGACUUCAUCCUAGACUCCCACUUCCUCAGAGUCCCUGUCAACGACUCGUUCUGUGAGAAGAUCCUGCCCUGGUUGGACCGGUCUGUGGAGUUCAUAGAGAAGGCCAAAGCUUCCAACGCCCGGGUCCUGGUUCACUGUCUGGCCGGGAUCUCCCGCUCCGCCACCAUCGCCAUCGCCUACAUCAUGAAGAGGAUGGACAUGUCUCUGGACGAGGCGUACAGGUUUGUGAAGGAGAAGCGUCCGACCAUCUCUCCUAACUUCAACUUCCUGGGUCAGCUACUGGACUUUGAGAAGAAGAUCAAGAGUCCUCACGGUACAGAGACUAAACUCAAGUCCCUCCAUCCCCAGGAGCCCAGCGCUGAGGUCCCCCCCCAGCCUGAGGACCGGGAGGCUCUGGCCUGUCCGGACCCCCCCCUGGGCCCCGGCCUGGCCCUGCUGGAGCCCCUCACCCUGCCCUGCGUGUUGGUCGACACCCCCGAGGAGCGUCUGCUGGCUCAGGCUCUGAGCGGCCUGCAGCUCCCUGACGGAGCCGAGGACAACGCCCGGCUGAAGCGCUCCUUCUCUCUGGACAUCAAGUCGUACGGCGAGCCGGGCGGGGGCACCGCCCACCGCGUGUUCGUCCCUCACGGCGGAUCAGGAGACGCCACCGACUUCUACAAACCCUCUGCCUUCAAAGAGCCGACCAGUAAGCCGUGCCAGUUCUCGCCGGUGGAGGAGGUGUCGGAGCAGUCCACUCCGGAGCAGAGCCCCGACAAGGAGGAGGCCGACGCCCCGGAGCGAGCGCCUCCGGCCUCUAGCGGUUUCACCAAACCUCCCCCUGCUGCUCCGAACUGUUCACAGCAGCUGCACCGCAGUGGCAGCAUGGAGGAGAGUGCCACCAGCUUCCUGUUUGGCCUCUCCCGCAGCCAGCAGCACCUCGCCAAACCCGGAUUCGGUGGCGCCCUGAAAGGCUGGCACUCGGACAUCCUGCUGGGCCCCGUUACCGUCUCAACCUCCUCCCUGGCCGGCGGCUGGUACCUCUCCUCCGACUCCACACGUUUCUACUCCACCUCCAUCCUGAGUGGCGGCGGCGGAGGCUUCGCGGCGUACAGCUGCAAUCAUGGCCUUGAGGCGGUGCGGCGGCGCAGCCGGCAGAGGACAGGCGACCGCGGGGACUCGAGGCGGAGCUGGCACGAGGAGAGCAGCUUCGAGAAGCAGCUGAAGCGACGCAGCUGUCAGAUGGAGUUCGGAGACGGGAUGACGGACAGCAGGUCCAGAGAGGAGAUGGGGAAGGUGGGGAGUCAGUCGAGCUUCUCCGGCAGCAUGGAGAUCAUCGAGGUCUCCUGAACCUGGUCCUGGAUCAGGUCUACAGUCAGGACGAGUCUGACGGAUGCAGCUUCACUCCACUGACGGUUGAACACAGAGAAACACACACAGGCAGCAUCAGAGCGUCACACAGAUACAGAAUCUAACAUCUGGAACAUCAGCCUGAUCAUAAGAGGUUUUAAAGUGACAGCAGCUAUUAGAUACUGGUUUCUGAGUGGAGGGAGAAUCGGUGAAACAGCUUCUCCUGCAGAGAGAUGAAGUCGGGCUGUUUUUAAUGUUGCAUCUACAGUCUGUCAGAGAACAGCUGAAGUCUCUGACCUUAAAUCAGCUGAUUCUCUGUUCUGUGUUGAUUUAAAUGAGUCUCUCUCAGUCUUCAGUCUACAUGUUAUUUUAUAGAAUAUUUACAGCUGAUUUACAGCCUGUUUAUAUUGGAAGUGUCACUGUUGGCAUGUGAUCACGGCCACUAGUCCAGGACCACUGAGACCAGGUCUGACAGUAACAGGAAUGGCUCACUAGAGGGCGCAAAUGCACCACCUGUCCCUGUAGGUCCUUCAGAACCAGGAAGUACCAGUCAGGUUUUACACCGCCCCCUUUUCUCCAGUUUAGAUUGAAAUGUUAGUGGAUCAAGUCCAGAGAAAAACAUUAAAAGGUAAAAUAAUGUUGGAACAUUUUCAGGGAUCAAAUAAAGACAUAACUUCAUCUCUCCUGAAGCAGUGGGAGUAAAUGAAGCUGAAAGCUAAAGGUUGAUGAUGACAGACCCUCUGAUCAUCACCAUGACGACACUGUACUGCAGGAGGUUGGACUGUACACUCCUCAGAGGAGGGAAACAGACAGACUGGCUGGUCAGAGCUUAUGAGACACAAGACCAGCACAGUCUCCAGACCUGAGCCACGUGGAUCUGGUCUGGAUGAACUGGACUGAAGCUGAUCUGCAGCUGCAGGAGUCUGAAAUUUAGAUUCAGUUUAAAUUUCAAAAAGAAGAUUCAAUGAUUUUUUUAUUUUAAAAUCUACAACAGUUGAUUUAUUCUGUUUUUAAAUUAUGUAAAUUUAAUGAAUUUAAACUGGAGAAAUGGAGGUGAUGUAAAACCUGAUCAAGGUGUGUUAAAAAGUUCAGCUGAUGAACCUGGAGAUGCUGUGUGUGUGUGUGUGUGUGUGUGUGUGUGUGUGUGUGUGUGUGUGUGUGUGUGUGUGUGUGUGUGUGUGUGUGUGUGUGUGUGAGAUGAAGCAGGACGACAGACACUUUUCACUGACUCUGAGCCUUUGAAUGUCUCGUCUGGUCUGUGGGUGAGAGCUGCUCAUUAAUUCACUCUGUCUGGAUCUUCAUCCUGAUGAUGAAGAUGAUGAUGAGGAGGAUUUUCUCACAGGCUCAAGGACCAGAACUGAAACCUGUAGAUGUGGACCUGGAUCAGGAUGGUCUGAGUCUCAGCAGCUCUGGUCUGUAGAUUCUGUAACCUCAGGUGUUGUUGGAGCUGCAGGGACGAACUGAACCCUUCACCUGUCCUGAGGGUCACCAUGGAAACAAAGACCAGAGAGGACGUGGGUCUGGUUAGUGAGUGUGAAGAGGCUGGGACUCUUGGAGAGCGUGCAGACAACAGACGGAUCAUCACUCACAUAUUCACAGUUAAUCUUGCACUACUGUGGUCUGGAGGAUUUGAUUCAGUGUAUAAACAGUAAAAAGAAAUGAUGAUGAUGAUGAUGA